AUGCUCACUCUGACCAGGCUGGAAAAAUCCCGCGCCCAGCGCAUCAUGUGGCUCAUGGAGGAACUGAAUCUCUCCUACGACAUCAAGACCUACAAACGCGGUGCCAACGGCAUCGCUCCCCCCGAGCUGAAACAGAUCCAUCCGCUGGGGAAAUCACCCAUCGUCUCGAUCCAAUCCCCGGAUGCCUCUCAGCCCAUGGUUCUGGUCGAGUCGGCUGCCAUCAUGGAGUACUUCCUCGAUCAUUUCGGCGGGCCCAACACCAGACUCGUUCCCGAGCGCUAUCAGCCCGGUCGCGAGGGCCAGUUAGGCGGCGAGACCGAGUCGUGGAUGCGCUAUCGAUACUACAUGCACUAUGCAGAGGGGAGCCUCAUGUCGCCGAUCCAGGUGCAGCUGAUUAUGAAUGGUAUUUGUCCAGUUUCUUCCAUCAUGUGUAUGCUGAUGAAGCCAGCACUGAAAAAUGCCCCCGUCCCCUUUUUCAUUAAACCCAUCACUGGGUUCAUCACCGGCAAAGUCAGCGCCGAGUUCCUCGACCAAGAACUUCGCACCCAUUUCCGCUUCCUCGAGGACCAGCUGGCGUCUGCGCCCGAGGAGGGGCCGUUUCUGUGUGGUUCGCAGCUGACAGCGGCGGAUAUCCAGAUGAGCAUCCCUGUUAUUGCGGCGCUCAAUCUGUCUAUCAUCCCGCGGACGGAGUAUCCGCGGCUGGAUGCUUAUGCUGCGCAGAUACAGAACUCGUCGGGUUACCGACGGGCGGUAGAGAAGGUGGAGAAGAUUGAAGGGAAGCCUUUUGUGCCGAUCUAA